AUGUGGACGGGGGCUCAGGCUCCUCUGUAUCUGUUUGCUGGUGCCCCGGUCUACAUCUACCGCGACCUCGGCGGCGUGAACUACUGGGUGUGGUUCAUUACCACCAACCUCCUCGCCACGGCCGCCAUCUCCCCGUUUGUCGGUGCCCUCUCAGAUCUCAUGGGCCGCCGUUAUGUCGCCAUCGUUGGAAGUGUCACGAUUCUCCUCGGUCAAGUCAUCUGUGGAGCCGCGAAUGGAAUGCCCAUGUUCAUCUCCGGCAUGGCCAUCACUGGCGUCGGCACAGGUAUUGACGAGCUGACGGCCCUGGCCGGCACCGCUGAGCUCGUGCCGCUCUCUCAGCGCGGCUACUACAUCGCCGGCAUCGUGCUGACCGUCCUCCCCUUCCUGCCAUCGGCCAUGUACGCCCAGCUGAUCGCCUACCACUCCACCUGGCGGUACAUUUCCGUCUUGACGGCCGUCUGGACACUCAUUGGCCUCAUCGCGACAGUCGCCUUCUACUUUCCUCCGCCGCGCGCUCGGUUGCAAACCCGGGAGGAGAAGAUGCAACUGCUGAAGAGGACCGACUUUGUGGGAGGCUUGCUGUCCAUUGUUGGGCUCGCUGGCUUUGAGGCGGGGAUUCUUAUGGGAGGGUAUCAGUACCCUUGGACGAGCGUGCAGACUCUGGUCCCUCUAAUCCUAGGAGUUCUCUUGAUGGCUUCGUUCGUGGUCUGGCAGCGAUGCGGCACUGCCAACCCGAUGGUCCCUCGACAUCUCACCAAAGCGCCCCGGACCCUGGCUCUCACGAUGCUCAUCACCUUCAUCUCGGGCGCCAACUUCUUCUCGGUGCUACUACUCUGGCCUCCCGAGGCGUACAACGUGUACGGACAUGAUCCCGUCGGCGUCGGCAUCCGCGGCAUGCCCUUCGCCUUUGGCGUCUUCGGCGGCUGCGUCGCCUCGCUCUUCCUCCUCUCGUGGUUCCGCGGCCAAAUUAAGUGGCUCGUCUUCAGCGCCUCGGCGCUCAUGACGGUCGGCUGCGGCUGCCUAUCGCUCGCCACCGUCGACAACAUCCGCGCCGUCUACGCCAUCCUGUUCGUCGCCGGCCUCGGCGUCGGCGGCAUAACCAUCCCCGUCUCUACCAUCGCCACCAUCAUCUGCCCCGGCAACGUCAUCGCCACCGUCACGGCCCUGACCAUCGCCAUCCGCAUCGUCGGCGGCGCGGUGGGCUACGCCGUCUACUUCAACGUCUUUGUCAACAAGCUCGUCCCCGAAUUGACGACGCUCGUGGGCGCCGCCUGCGUGCGCAGCGGGAUUGUCGACCGCCAAGUCAUCCGCGAGGUGAUCGAACUGACGUCGGUGUCGCUGAUCAAGGAGAUUCGCCACCAGCCGGGCAUCGACGAGCGAAUCUGGGCCGAAGUUGUCGCCGCGGGCCAGCUGGCGUAUGCCAAUGCCUAUCCAUGGGUGUACUACUGCAGCGUUGCGUUCGGGGCCGUCUCGGUCCUCGCCAGUCUGUUCCUGGGCGAUAUCUCGGAGAUGGUGGAUGACACGGUCGUGGCCGCUAUGUAA